UCCCUCACUGAAUAACUGCCCUGUGGUUCUGCUGGGAAAAGGUGAUGGGUGGGGGUGAAUAGUCCUGCAGUUCCAGUGUUUGUGUGUGCCAGGUUUGCUGUGGAGGUUGAGAUCUAAGUGGGGAAGGAGAUGUGUUUUCUGCAGCUUGAGAAGUGAGAGGAGAACCUCAGCUGCCUUCAGAUGAAGUGCCUCGUGAUGACACUUGUCUGUCUUGGGAGGAAAACCAGAUUUUGCCUACUGGAAGAAUGCAGUGAAACUGCCAGUAUUUCUAGCCGGAAUUCUUAAUUGAACAUUCAACUUUAGUGUUACUAGUUUCUUACUAAACAGUACCUCAAAGCAGAAGAAAAAUGUAUGGGAGUGCAAGAACAAUCGGCAACUUGGAGGGAAGCCCCUCCAGGUCCCCCCGGCUGCCCAGGUCCCCCCGGCUGGGCCACAGGAGAACCAGCAGCGGGGGAGGGGGGGCAGGGAAGACGCUGUCCAUGGAGAACAUCCAGUCCCUUAACGCAGCCUAUGCAACAUCCGGACCAAUGUACCUGAGUGACCACGAGGGUGUGGCUUCUACUACUUUCCCAAAGGGCACAAUGACUCUUGGAAGGGCUACAAACCGAGCUGUGUAUGGUGGCCGAGUCACAGCCAUGGGGAGCAGCCCCAAUAUCGCUUCUGCCGGGCUGUCACACACCGAUGUCCUUUCUUACGCCGACCAGCACGGAGGGCUGACCACAUCCUCACACCACCACCACCACCAGGUUCCUUCCAUGCUGAGACAGGUUAGGGAUAGCACCAUGUUAGAUCUGCAGGCUCAGCUGAAGGAUCUACAGAGGGAGAAUGACCUUCUCAGAAAAGAACUCGACAUUAAGGACAGCAAGCUGGGGUCCUCUAUGAACAGCAUCAAAACUUUCUGGAGUCCUGAGCUAAAGAAGGAGAGAGUAUUGAGGAAAGAAGAAGCAGCCAGAAUGUCAGUUCUUAAAGAACAGAUGAGAGUUUCCCAUGAAGAAAAUCAGCAUCUGCAAAUGACAAUCCAGGCACUUCAAGAUGAGCUUAGAACCCAGAGAGACCUUAACCAUCUUCUCCAGCAAGAAAGUGGGAACCGAGGGGCUGAGCAUUUUACCAUUGAGCUCACGGAGGAGAAUUUUCGAAGACUUCAGGCAGAGCAUGAUAGACAAGCUAAAGAGCUCUUCCUGUUGAGAAAAACUCUAGAAGAAAUGGAGCUUAGGAUUGAAACACAAAAGCAAACACUAAAUGCCAGAGAUGAAUCAAUAAAAAAGCUUCUAGAGAUGUUGCAAAGUAAAGGUUUGCCUUCUAAAGGAAUGGAAGAUGACAAUGAAAGAACUCGAAGGAUGGCAGAGGCUGAAUCUCAGGUUAAUCACUUAGAAGUGAUUUUAGAUCAGAAGGAGAAGGAAAACAUGCAUCUUAGAGAGGAACUGCACAGAAGAACCCAACUUCAGCCUGAGCCAGCGAAGACGAAGGCUCUGCAAACAGUCAUCGAGAUGAAGGAUACAAAAAUAGCUUCACUUGAGCGCAAUAUAAGAGAUCUGGAAGAUGAAAUACAGAUGUUAAAGACAAAUGGAGUUCUGAAUACAGAGGACAGAGAAGAAGAAAUCAAACAAAUAGAAGUUUACAAGAGUCACUCAAAGUUCAUGAAAAAUAAGAUUGAUCAACUGAAACAAGAACUCUCAAAGAAAGAAUCAGAACUUCUUGCCUUACAAACUAAGCUUGAAACCCUUAGCAAUCAGAAUUCAGAUUGCAAGCAACACAUUGAAGUGCUUAAAGAGUCCCUUACUGCCAAAGAACAGAGAGCUGCCAUACUUCAGACAGAGGUUGAUGCCUUGCGGUUACGGUUAGAAGAAAAAGAAACCUUUCUGAAUAAAAAAACAAAACAACUUCAAGACCUCACAGAAGAGAAGGGAACCCUUGCUGGAGAAAUUCGAGAUAUGAAAGACAUGUUGGAAGUAAAAGAAAGAAAAAUUAAUGUCCUUCAGAAAAAGAUUGAAAAUCUACAGGAGCAACUUAGGGACAAAGACAAACAACUAACUAAUCUGAAAGACAGAGUGAAGUCACUGCAGACAGAUUCCAGUAAUACAGACACAGCACUGGCAACCUUAGAGGAAGCCCUAUCAGAAAAGGAAAGAAUAAUAGAGCGUCUGAAGGAGCAAAGGGAUCGAGAUGACAGGGAAAGACUUGAAGAAAUUGAAUCUUAUAAAAAAGAAAACAAGGACCUGAAGGAGAAGGUUAAUGCUUUACAAGCUGAACUGACAGAAAAAGAGUCUAGUUUAAUCGAUCUCAAAGAACAUGCAUCUUCAUUGGCAUCAGCAGGGCUGAAAAGAGACUCCAAACUUAAGUCUUUAGAAAUAGCCAUAGAACAAAAGAAAGAAGAGUGUAGUAAGUUGGAAGCACAGUUGAAAAAGGCUCAUGAAGCUGAAGAGGAGGCACGGAUGAAUCCAGAAUUUGCAGACAGAAUGAAACAGCUUGACAAGGAGGCCUCGUACUAUAGAGAAGAAUGUGGCAAAGCUCAGGCUGAGGUUGACAGACUUCUAGAAAUACUCAAGGAAGUAGAGAAUGAGAAGAAUGACAAAGAUAAGAAAAUUGCUGAGUUAGAAAGACAUAUGAAGGACCAAAACAAGAAGGUUGCCAAUCUGAAGCACAAUCAGCAGUUGGAGAAAAAGAAGAAUGCACAGUUGUUGGAAGAAGUUCGUAGGCGAGAGGACAAUAUGACUGACAACUCUCAACAUUUACAAGUAGAAGAGCUGAUGAAUGCACUGGAGAAAACCAGACAAGAAUUAGAUUCUACCAAAGCCCGUCUUGCCUCAACACAGCAGUCUUUGGCUGAAAAAGAAGCACAUCUGGCUAACCUGAGAAUAGAGCGAAGGAAACAGCUUGAAGAAAUUCUAGAAAUGAAACAGGAAGCUUUGCUUGCUGCAAUUAGUGAAAAAGAUGCAAAUAUUGCCUUGCUUGAGCUGUCUGCUUCAAAGAAAAAGAAGACUCAAGAUGAAGUAAUGGCUCUAAAACGAGAGAAGGACAGAUUAGUACAUCAGUUAAAACAGCAGACACAAAACAGAAUGAAGCUGAUGGCAGAUAACUAUGAUGAUGACCAUCACCACUACCACCAUCACCACCACCACCACCAUCGGUCUCCUGGGAGGACACAACACAACCACAGACCCUCUCCAGACCAGUUGUCAGAGGAACUAGAGAAAAAGGAAGAAAAAACUGUGGCACUGGAAGGUAACAAUGAUAAUCUAUUGCAUUGGAUCUCCAAACAUGACCAUGAUAUCCUGGAGAAGAUCACAGAUGCAGAAAAUGAAUGCUAUGGUUGAUAUCUAAUGAAAUGCUGCAUUAAUUAGCAUUUUCUCCAUUAUUUCUUGUAGUCUAUUGUGAAAUUAGAUACUUUGGAAAGUAAUGAAGGAGACUCAAGCAGAAAUUAUAACAGCUUCAUUUCUGUCUUUAAUGGGUCUUGUGAGUUAAUCUGUUUUUACAAAGAAACCAUCUGUUCAGAAUAUAGUUGUUUCAUGAAGUUCAGUUAAACAGGUUAUUUAGCAAAUUUUUGGUAAAUUAAUAUUGAUUUUAAUAGGUAAUUCAGAUUCCCUAGACGUGGCAUCUGCAUUUGCUGAUUUUACCUAGUCUAUUCUAAAGUAUCACUUCUAUUGCACUAGAUUAUCAAAGAGGUAUUAGUAAAAUGCUAUAUAAGGGUGUUGGCAUUAACUUUACCCCCAGUUAGAUACAGGCUUUUCCAAAAAAUAAAAACAAGCCUUUACCCUCCUCUGUUUUCUUUUCUCUACUGAUAAAAUAAUAUAAAUUAAAAACAAACCAAAACCAAAUAUUGAUACUAUAACCGGUAUUAAGCUCUGGGCCAGGUUGGAAAUGAAAUCAAUUUUUGGUACUAAUAACUGAUGACAAAGCUUAGUUUUAUGAAAAUAUGGUGUGUGUCUCUGACAAUGCAUAGGACAUCUAAUUUGAACAUAAAUUUAUGAUUAUAUACAAGAUGUAUCUAUUCCUGGAUGGUAAAAGCUUGAGGUGUAUAUAAAUAAAUGUGUGUGUGUAUAUAUGGACAUGUACACAAGGAUGUAUCAACCUCUUACCAUCCAAAUGCAUACAUGUUUUCAACAAUAAAAGCUGGGACUCUUAAAGAAACAAACAAAAACAAAAAUAAAGAUAAGAUUGCUGUGAAUACAGUAUAUGCACUAGGUCUCCUGUAAAUGUGGAACUGUUUGUUAUUGUUCUCUGCAUUGAAAAACAGUCUCCAACACAGACCCCAAUGAAUCUUAAAUGUUAAAGAAAAUACCAAUGAACAAACAGCACUUGAAGGCUGUUUGUGUCAACAAAAUGUGUCUAGUAAAAUAAAUUCAAAGCACAUGCAAGGAAAAAUAAAAAUGUGAAGUCGUUCCAUUCAGUGAGAAACUCUUAACUGACAGUCAGAUCUCUCUCUUCUCAAGGAGAGGUUCCUUCUGACUCCACAAACAUUUUCAGUCAGUCUGGCAAACAUGUGCAAAUGUUUGGCUGUUUUGUUGAGGCAUCUUUUUGUCCAUGGAAGAAAUGCUUCCAUGCUGAUGGCAGUGGAAAUAGAAUAUCUGCAUUUUUAAAGGACAAACAAUAAAUUUAAGCAUGGGUGGCCUUAAUCCUUAGUAGUUUUUCUUUGCUGCUGUUAAAAAAAAAAAAAGAAAAAAAAAGAAAAAAAAAGAAAUCUAAAUGGAUACUCCUGAAGUCUUGCACUGAAUUUAGAAAAAUUAUUUUUUGAACCUGUGGUGCGAUUAACCCUAAACAUCCUACAUGAGCCAUACAUAGUAAUCCCCUUAAAAUUAUUGUCUAGAAAUGAUAUUUUAUUUAUUUGUACCAUGAUUCUCGGUGCAAUCAAGGAGCAAUUUAUUUGAGCAGGAGUCCUGCUGGAUGUGACUGUCUUCAGUAAGUAGAAUAAAAUGUAUAGAAUUAGCAUAGCGUAGAUAAUCCCAAUUUCAUUCAUGUUUAAACAGUUUGUCCUUUAACUAUCAACGGCAUUUUAGAUCUUUGUUUUUGAAACAGCAAAGCUUUUGGGAGUAUAUUUAGCACAUAUGACAAAUGUUGCACUUGGAAACUCAGACAACAAAACAGGUUUCUGAUGACAGAUUUGUUGUCGCAGUAGGGGACAAUCGUCUGUGUCUCUUACAAUCAGGUCUUUACCUUAACUCUGCAACCGAAUACUUGAAGUAGGAUAUAAACUAGGGGGGAAAUAGGGUCACAGAUACAAAGCUGUAUAGUUAGAUAUUUAUAUGUAUGUGCCAAUUUUGUCACAGAUAUUAUUUUAGGGGCAUUUUUGCUCCACUCAUGUUGGUAUGAGUAUUGAUCUAAACUUUUAUCAGGGCCUGAAAAUUAGCCCCUAAAGAGGAAAAUUUUGUCUAACAUUGAUUUUUUUUCUUAUUGCUUUGUUUUUGUUUUGUUUUUUUUCCUCCUUCUUUUCAUUUCAUGUGAUAUUCUAUAAUGUUUGGAGAAAAUCUUUUCAUAUCCUAAAAUAGAAUCUCGGGGUUUACAAUAAACACUGUGAUGUUGGGAAAUAUUUUAUUUGAGCAAUGUUUGGUAGAUUUUUUUCCCCCCCCUCCUCUGAGUGUAAUGAAGCAAACUAACUUUUGCUUAACAUUUAAGAUAAUGGUUAUUAUUUUAAUGUGAGAUCAGUCUUGUACUGCACAUUCUUUCUUUCAUUUAAAUGUACAGUAUGAAUUUUGUAUUUAAUGAAUUUUGUGUAUCCAGUAUGCACGUACCUGCACAUUGACUUUCAUUUGAAAGUGGGUUUCAAUUUCCUUUUUAAACAGUGUUUAUGAAAAGACCUCAGAUGUGUUGACACAAACUAUAUCCGCAAUGUUUCUUUUGUGUGUGUAGGGUGACGUUUGAAUGUGAUGUUCUGCAGCAAUGGGUCAGUAUCCCCUAUUUACCUUAGAUCCUCAUUUGAUAGUGCUUCUUGUAAUAAUUUUUUCAAGUGAGUGGCAUGUUCUGGAUUGUGAUAUUGAUAUAUGGUUAAGGACAUUGAUAUGAAACUAAGGAAUUCCUAGAAAUUACCAGUGGGCAUGUAUUAGACAGUCAUUGUAAUUUAAUGUCUUGUAGAAGUGUAAAGUACCAAGGUAUUUAGAGUUCAUAACAUUGUUAUCAUGUGUAUGGGAAGUAUUUAGUGUUGAUCAGCUUGUUUAUUUUCAUCAAAUAAAC